CGGGACCCUAACCCUCCCCAGUCAGGUCCCGGAGCUGAAGUCCUAGAUGGUUCUCGUUCCCUUAGAAAAACCUCUCUCCGCCGAGUAGCCAAUGACGUCUGAGCAUGACGCGGAACUCUGGCCAAUCAGAGAGCGAGGCAGGGACUCUGGCCAAUCGGAGGGAGGCAGGAACUUCCUGCCCGUGCAGUUUCGGCCGACCCCGAGGCAGGCGAGCGCGCGUGGCCUGUGGAAGUUCCGUGUCCUCCGUGUCGUCCUGACGACCCGGACUCGUUUCUCCCGGUGAUGCACGAGUGCGCGGAGACCCUGGAGCCAGCCAUGGGGCUGGUGUCAUUUGAGGACGUUGCCGUGGACUUCACCUGGCAGGAGUGGCAGAUCCUGGACGCUGCUCAGAGGACCCUCUACAGGGACGUGAUGCUGGAGAACUUCAACAGCCUAGUGUUUUUGGGGUACUGCAAGAAGAAACCCGAGUUGAUCUUGAAGUUGGAGCUUGGAUGUGAUUCACAGACCGUAUCUGAGCCCUUAAUCCAGAGCAUCUCAGGUAUGUAUGAUGCACAUUCUGUGAUUAAGAUGAGCCUGGACAAUCAAGAGAGAUGUUUGUGGCAGUUGGGAUUCACCAGCAAUACUUCAUAUGAAGACAGUGUUCAAGAGGAACUAAUGGCUCGACAGAAAACCCACCGAGGGACAAAGUCGCAUAAAAGUGAAGCCUGUGUGAACAAAUCUGAUCACAAGUCCCCGCGGAGGCAGAAAGGGAUGUCUUACACGUGUAAGGAAUGUGGGAAAGCUCUGAAUAGCCAUACGGCGCUCACGAAGCAUUACAGAAGAACUCACAGUACCGAGAAUCGCUACCAGUGCAAGGAAUGCAGAAAAGCAUUCUACUGGCAGUCAGACCUUGCUGCCCACCAGAAGAUGCACAAGAAAGAGAUGACCUACGAGUGUGACGUGUGCGGGAAAACUUUCUACCGUUCAUCGCAUUUCAAUCUGCACCAGAGGUCCCAUGCGGAUAAGAUGUAUUAUGAAUGUCAAGAGUGCGGGAAAGGCUUUAAGUAUAAGUCUGGCUUCACUCAACACCAGAGACGGCAUAGAGGUGAAAAGCCUUACAAAUGUAGACAAUGUGGGAGAAGUUACUCCCGCAAAGGGAAGCUCACGGAGCACCAACGAAUGCACACGGGGGAGAGGCCCUAUGAAUGUAAAGAGUGCGAUAGAGCUUUCUACAGCAAGUCGUACUUCAGUUUCCAUCAGAGAACUCACUCGGUGGGGAAGCCUUACGCGUGUGGGGUGUGUGGGAAAGCUUAUUACUCCAACUCCCAGCUCGUGACGCAUCAGAGAACACACACGGGCGAGAAGCCCUACGAGUGUGCAGACUGCAGCAAAUCUUUCUAUAGCAAGUCCCAGCUCACUGUGCACCAACGGUUCCACACGGGCGAGAAGCCCUACGAGUGUGCAGACUGCAGCCAGGCUUUCUUCUACAGGUUGCAGCUCAACGCCCAUCAGGUCUCACACCACUGAAAAGCCCCAUGAACGUAAAGAAUGAAGAAAAACCUUUAACGUGAAGUCCCAGUUCCACCAGCAUCAGAUAAUUCACCCAAGUGCGAAUCCUCAUGCAUGAAAACCACAGAAAAGCUAAUGUAAGUUGUGCUGUGGUGAAACAAGAAGCCAUAGUGACACCAUGUUGAAAGUCUUUGCCCCCGAUUGCUGUGAGUUCACCUCUACCCUAGGAAGCGGACUGUUCCAGCCUCAGGUCCCAGAACUAGAGCCAACCGCCAGCCGCCAGCCGCCAAAAUGCUGCCCUUGUACAUCGCUUUCUUGCCGAACCUCGCUUGCACAACUCCCUUGGAAGGUUUCUUAGGAUACCCCUCCCCCACUUGGGUUAUGGUUUUGCAAGUUAAAAGUUGCCUACCCGAGCACCUCGGGGCCGCACUCAGAGAUCCGUCCUCUAGGGUGCAGCCCUAGUCCUUGCCCAUUAAAACUUGGCCUUGUAUUCUGUGA